CUUUGAACUUCACCGCUUUUGGCUCGUAUUCAUCAGACUUCCCUCAUUCUCAGCCAGGUGCUUUGCAAGGCUAGACAUCUCCAGGAAAGAAAAGGAAAAAAAAAAAAAAAGAAAGAAAGAAAGAAAAAGAAAAGGGAGAGAAGAGAAGGGGAGCUUCCUCAGGCUCACAUAUACAAAUACUUGAAAGCUUAAUCACUGAGACCUCAAAUACUUCUGGAUCUUUUUGCUUUCCUCUCCUCACCCCUUUCUUUACACUGUUUACAUUCUCCUCCCUCUUUCACCCCCACCCGGCCCCCGACCCUACCCCCAGAGAAGGACGCUUCUGAAAGGACUGGAUUUGCUCAAGAACUGGUAUGAUUAGCUGAGCAUUUGGGGGGAAUAUUUUGGGGGGCUUCCUUUGACCUCUCCUUUCCCCCUCCCUACACUCAAGAAAGCAAGAGGGAGAUAGGAGAGAGGCGAGAGAAGAAGCGGGAGAGGGCAGAGAAAGACUGAAAGACUCGAUCUCUGAUCCCUGAAGAAACUCCUAUUUCCCCUUUCCCCCAGCCUACGGGACCAUGUCCAAGCCCACCGACCAUAUCAAGAGACCCAUGAAUGCUUUCAUGGUAUGGUCCCGGGGCCAAAGACGGAAGAUGGCCCAGGAGAACCCCAAGAUGCACAAUUCGGAGAUCAGCAAACGUCUAGGGGCCGAGUGGAAACUGCUCUCGGAAGCGGAGAAGCGCCCCUACAUCGAUGAGGCCAAGAGGCUUCGCGCCCAGCACAUGAAGGAACACCCGGACUACAAGUACCGACCGCGACGUAAGCCUAAGAACCUGCUCAAGAAGGACAGGUACGUCUUCCCUUUACCUUACCUCGGAGAAACUGAUCCCCUCAAGGCAGCCGGCCUGCCCGUGGGGACUACGGACAGUCUCCUCGGCUCUCCCGAGAAAGCCAGGGCGUUCCUGCCCCCCACCUCGGCACCUUACUCCCUCCUGGACCCCAGUCAGUUUAGUUCCAGCGCCAUCCAGAAGAUGACUGAGGUCCCUCACACCUUGGCGACCAGCACGCUGCCCUACGCGUCCACCUUGGGCUACCAAAAUGGGGCUUUCGGCAGUCUCAGCUGCCCCAGCCAGCACACUCAUACCCACCCGUCCCCUACCAACCCGGGUUAUGUGGUGCCCUGUAACUGUACUGCCUGGUCGGCGUCCAGUUUGCAGCCCCCAGUUGCCUACAUCCUCUUUCCCGGCAUGACCAAGACUGGAAUAGACCCUUAUUCUUCAGCCCACGCGACGGCCAUGUAACCCUUUUGAUCCCCACCCUGCUCCCUUCUUCGUCCCCUUCCCCGGACCUAUCCCUGCCGAAAGCAGUCGGACCAUUUCGGGAUGCGGGGGCAGGGGAGGGGUGGCUGGGGGUUGCAUGUGUUAAUAUCCGCCCUAUGUUCCCUUGCCCUUCCAACCCACCUGAGCCACUGGCGCCCGCUCCACCCUGUUCCAAGGGCGAGAACUCCUCUGUAACCACAGAAAAUUGGCGGAUCCAAACCCCUGCCGGCCCCCCUUACAACUUUUCCUUUCUUCGCCUGAGGGUGGAAGGAGGAAGGGGAAGGGGGGGGCGGGAGUCCUCCCAGGAUUCAAGGCUCAGACAGGUGCCAGAAACUUGAAAGUGUUUUGACAACCACGCAACCCCCCAAAAAACAAACAAACAAACAAAAACAAACCUCUGACUGGACCCCCUUUGGACAAGAGUAGGCAGUUUCGCUUUUAUUUAUGUUCUCUUCUAUAUUCUCGGAUGUGCUUUGGACUUUAAUCUUCCAGGCCCUGGUAUUAUAUAUAUAGAAAUAUACUUUUUUUUUUCUUUUGCACACUGAAGACAGAAUUAGCUGUGUCAUAUCUGUGCUUACCAUCAGACAGAACUAGGCGCCAUUUGCUUUCCAUGUCAGAAUUUUAAACGGCUUAAAAGUUUAAAACUACACAAAAGGGAAAUAUUUCUAUUUCAAACCAUGAUAUGAUAGUGUUUGCUUCUUUAAAUGAAAAUUAAAAGAACCCACAUAGUCUUUAAAUUUGUGUGAACAAGUGCAGCUAGACCUAAGUUUACUUUAGACAGAACGUUGGGUUAUGAAGUCAGGAUGUAGAAUCAUAAAGAUUUUUUUUUUAAAGCAAAAAAAAAAAAUCCUAAGUGGUCAUUGAAAUAUGUUUUUGACGAUGUCUUGGAAAAAAAAAAAAUGUACCCAGAAGGAUUUUACCUCUUUACUCUGUUCAUUUGUUGAACAAAGACGUUUUGAAUAAAGACAAUCUGUCCUUAAAAAGUAACCUGUGGUGUUCAUACAGUCUGAGAUGUAAUGUUUGCCCAGAUCCUGCCCCCUCUCAAUCAUAGAGUUUAAAAUUCAGAGACUAAUUACAUUUAGACUGAAGGAUGCUCAGGGUUCUUAGCUCUGUCUCUCUCUAUAUGUAUAUGUCUGUAUAUGAAAAGUGUAUUCAUAUGUUAACAUACUCGGUGGAAAGAAAGGUAGCAGGUACCAAACACUGUUGGGUUUAUUUUUCUUUCUUUUCUUAUAAAGACUCCCCAAACAUUUAGAAUUGCCAUUUUCCUCAUAGUCAAGGUAGAGAAAGUUCUCUGCCCUUCCCUGUUUGCCUCCGAGGAUGGACAUUCUCUAAAGGUUAUUCUAAAUGUUUGAUCAAAGAGUGUGUGUAUUAAAAAAAAAAAAAAAAUCAAAGCCAAAAAUUAGUUGUCACAAUAAAUCAAUGGCAAACCUAGAAGAAUAAAUUGUUGGGGGAGGGAGGGGCAAACUAACAUCUUUUCAAUGACAAUAGGAUUUAAUGUGCAUGUCAAAAGAAAAGAAUUAAAGAACUUUCUGUACAGUUUGAAAAUUUUAGAGUUUUCACUUGGCUUGAGCACUCAAGAAAAAAAGUCUGGUGGACCUCACUAAUGGUCCAAUGCUUUCUUUAAAGAAUCAUGUGGCAUGUCCUUUAGGGAGAUGAGUAGCCCUAAAGUUAUGUUUCAGGUUUAAGCCUGACUGGAAAAAAGAAAGAUACGAAGGA